AUGUUUUCCCCAAAGCAAACCGUGGGUCACGCCCAACACAUUAAAGUUAUGGAACGUCUUCUGGUCAAGUGGACGCCGUCCACCGAUGCUGACUACACUACUCGCAAAAUUUUGGCCACCAUUUCCAAUUCACCACCGCCCAAAGCACCAAUUCCAGAGAAGAAUACGAAGCGCCUAUUCGAACAGAAGAGGUAG